AGAGUCUCGUAGCACAUUUAUUUUAUAGCUUCCCAAAACUCCAAGAACCAUAUAAAACCCGUGCGAGCUCACCGAACAUCAUGGCCACCGCACCCGAGUCCUCGCUGGAGGAGAUUCUAUGGCGAUCCCCGCCGCACGUGCAGAUGAUGGGAGGCUAUCUCCAUUCGAACAACAUUCUCUUCUACUUCGCCGAAUCCCCCUUCUUUGAUCCCACAUCCAACAAUGCCUCCCUCGCCAUCCAAGCCAACUACAACGAAGCCUUCCGGCAAUUCAUCGAGACCCGCGAGGCGUUCGAAGGCCGGCUCGCCACCAUGCAGGGCCUUGAAUUCAUUGUCUCCUACGAUCCGCUGCAGGCCGCCGCGCAACCGGACGGGCGAUUCGCACACGAACCCUCCAACAUCUGGGUGAUCCGGAAGCAGACGCGGCACAAGCGAGCCGGACAAGACGACGAGGUGGAAGUCCUAUCGACCUACUUUGUCGUCGGGGAUUGCAUCUACAUGGCACCAUCAGUGGCAAGUGUCAUUGGGAACCGAAUCCUCUCGGCCGUGACCUCUCUCACCAGCCUCCUCAAAACAGCAUCCACCCUGCCCACCUUCACGCCGUCGCACGGACACACCUAUCUCCCGCCGUCGGCCAAACAACCCGACUCCGCCGCCCAGGCAGCCGGCACCGCAGCGCCGCAGAGCAAAGAGAACACGCCGAUGCCCGACGCGCCCACGAAAGCGCCUCUGGUCGGAUCGCAGGUGGCGCAGACCGGCGGCUCCGUAUACCAGGAUACCCGGACGCUGGCGGAGUCGUUCAGUCUGCUGACGCGGUACGGGGAGGAGUUCAUGGACGAGAACCCGCUGGUCGGCGAACCGGGGUCGUUCCUCAUGUCCAAGGCCGGGGAUGCGGCGGCGGCGGCUGGGUCGAGUAAACAGGGGCCGAAUGCCGGUGGUGUAGCGGCUGCACGAGUAGCCACGCCGCAGGUCAGGGUGGACACGCCGGGGAGGGGCUCGGAGAAGGGAGCUGCGACGCCGUCCGCCCCUGCGUUGGAGGACAGUAAAUCAAGGAAGAAGAAGGUGAAGGUGGGGGGUCUGAGUUGAGGUCCGGGGGAGAUAUAUGAUACCCGUUUCACUUGUUAUCGGUCUAGGCUUGCUAAAGGGUGCUAGCUAUUCUUAGGACGUGUGUCGUGAAGCACUUGCCAUUCAGUGGAUUCAUGCUGGAGCAAGCUUUGCUUCUGCGUAUUCACGUCGGCUUGCAUUGUAUUUUAAAGCACAUAUUCUGUAGGGGGAUCGGAUGCCGUGCAUAAUACCUGGGAGGUUUCAAUCGUUUCCUCCAUGU